AUGGAACACCUUCUGGAAAACCUCAAGAAACAAGUAACGUGCUCAAUCUGUCUCGAUACCUACACAGCCCCGAAAAUAAUAUCGUGCUUCCACACUUUUUGCUGUCAGUGUUUGGAGGAACAUGCUAGAAAAAGCCACAGACAAGGAAAAUUUCGAUGUCCCGAGUGUCAGGCAGAAAUAGAUUUACCAAAAGACAAUCGCUUCGACCGUUUACCCACCAGCUUUUACCAUAACAGUUUGGUAGGUCUCCUUGACACGGAAGAUCGCGAAGCCUUGCAGAAGCCGCCAUUUUGCUCGCAACACAAGAACAAAAGAAUAAGUUAUUUCUGCUCUUCCUGUGAAGCGUGUAUUUGUCCUGUUUGCUUUGCUGAACACCACCGAGGACAUGAGUUCGACGUUAUUGAAAAAGCAGUGCAACAGGAUAAAGAAUACAUCAUGUCGAACGUCGAGGCCAUCAAGAAGAGGGAAAACUUGUUUAGGGCAGAGAUUAGAAAACUGGAACAAACAUCUGAAGAUGUGGAAAUGAUUAUCGCAAUCGCUAAACAAGAAGUGUCCGAGGCAGCUGAACACUUGAUCACAAAGACGCGACAACAAGAAGAGCAGUUGUUAGAGUCCCUAGAAAUGACGCGUAGGAAGAGAAUAGAGCGAAUCAACUCGGCUAAACAAGAACUCGUAUCUCUGGUCAAACAAAUGAAGCAAGCAGCGGAGUUUGCCGGGAAUCUGGUGGAGAGAAGCUCAGGCUUCGAUAUUAUACAGACCAAGACAACUUUGAGGCACAAAUUUGAAGACCUUCGUGGAGUUGAAGUUCCAAAACAUGGUCAGACUACAUUUGUCAAAUUUACCGCAGUAUCGCACCAAGACUUGAAACUGGGAUUUAUUCAACUCCCGCGGAGAAACCAGCAAAAGCAGCCAACUCAACUCUGGAAAGACUAG